GGAUUAAACUGGCAUACAUCUUCCAAGAAGCAACAAUGCCAGAGCCUCCAAGACUACGGCCUCAUCCAACAUCUGCCUCGUCAUCUCCUUCACAGCAGCCAGCACAGAUUACAACAGCAGCGGACUUACCAACGCCACCCAGUUUCCAGCCUUCUAUAUGAAAUAACGCUCUGCUUCCACCAUUGAGGCUGGCCUAACCAUGAAGAACUGCACAAGAAGGAAACUUAAGUAGUAAAAAUCUAGGAAACAAUAUUCUGUGGUUUGCAGUCUACAAGAAUGAAUUCAUUGCCUGAAACAGUAACAGAAAUAUGGGGUGAUGUAAUUAUAUGGUGGUUUCCAAGGGAUUUCUCACAGUCACGGAUUGGUGACAAAUGCACAGGAAGCAAUGCAUGCACACUAAUAGCUCUCCUGGUAGCUCAUCAGUGUUACAAAGAUAACAUAAAUAUUUCACCAGGUGAACAGCGCCUGAGCUCUCACAUUAUUACUGCUCUGGCAGAAAGCAUAAUGGAAGGAAAUGAAAUACAUAGGCAACUUUUGCAAAAAGGAAAUUUGCAAUAUUUAAAUAUGACCGUACCAGAGGCAAUGGCUGCUGCAAAGAGCAAAAUAAAGUUUAUCACAGAAUGGAGAAGCUAUGUUUAUCUACUUGACCUUGGAGCAAGUCUUUAUGAACAGAUGAAUGACACAUUGGCAGACUGGUUUAGGAAUCCACCAGCUCGCAAGGGAUCAGAGCUGUUUGUCAUUCUUAUUGCGGAAAAUAGAUCUGUAUUAUUUGUGUUUCAAAAAGACCAGAAUAAGGUGACACUUAUUGACACACAUCAACAUCUGAACCAUGGUGCUGUUAUAGCUCAAGUGGAAACUCCUAAUUUAGAGGCAUUAUGUGCCUGGUAUGCUGUACUGCUAAGAAAAUGCUAUGCAGCACGGCCUGAAUGUUAUGAACUGAGUUUCUUAUAUUUUAAAAGUUAUGAGGCUGGUGAGAUGACAGCUGGCUAGCAGCAAAAAACACUUAAUGCACAUAAAAAUUAUUAGCAUGGAAAUAAAAACUAGUCACAGAAUAAGACUUUACACUUUUUCUCAAACAUAUUAUAAAUGAUGUGCUAAAUAAAAUUGAUGGGCUGAUCUUCAAAAUCUUGAAUUUUGAUUGACAGCUAAAUGUAGACAACACAAUCACCACCAUUCCCUCAUUCCUGAGGAUAAUGAAGUUGGCAGAUGUGAUUUAGCAUCUCAUCCUAGAGCUUCUACUGUUGUGGUAGCCAUUUUCAUAUAGGAAGCACAUUAGUCUCAUCUGUCCCAUCACAUUCCUUCCACAUGUAGAUGCUGUUUUUUCA